AUGGAGUGUAUAGUGGCAAACGUAGAUAAUAUGCGAUUUGAUAUUGAAGUUGCUCUCGAUGAACAGUAUGGAGCUCUUCCUUUACCUUUUACAGGAAUGGACAAAUCUACUGCUGCAGUAUGCCAAUUUUAUCCAAGAGGAACUUGUGUUAAAGGAGCCUCUUGUCCAUUUCGGCAUGUAAGAGGAGAUCGUACAAUUGUAUGCAAACAUUGGUUAAGAGGCCUUUGUAAGAAGGGUGAUCAAUGUGAAUUUUUACAUGAAUAUGAUAUGACAAAAAUGCCAGAAUGUUACUUUUAUUCUAGGUUCAAUGCUUGUCACAAUAAGGAAUGCCCAUUCUUACACAUCGAUCCAGAAACAAAAGUUAGAGAUUGUCCUUGGUACGAUAGAGGAUUCUGUAGACAUGGACCACUAUGCAGACAUCGACACGUGCGUCGUGUUUUAUGUAUGGCAUAUUUAGCUGGGUUUUGUCCUGAUGGUCCAAAUUGUAAAUUCAUGCACCCAAGAUUUGAAUUACCAGCGGUACAAGAUAUGCAGCCUAAAGAGGGUAAAAAGGUAAUGAUUACUUGUCAUUUUUGUGGAGAGGGUGGGCACAAAGCUAUUUAUUGUAAUAAAAUGCCACCUGAUGUGCGUGAAGCUCAAGUUAGACAAGAAAUAGAAGGUAAUUCUCAUGCAGCACAUCAUAUGAAUAUGCACAAUGGACCUCCUCCGCGGGGUCCUCAAAAACCGCUCGAGGAAGUAACUUGUUACAAGUGUGGAACUAAAGGUCAUUAUGCAAAUAAAUGUCCAAAGGGACAUUUAGCAUUUUUAAGUCAUGCUGGGGGUAGUGGAAGUGGAACUCAAAAUCAAAAUUAUCGCAGAUGAUUUUACUUAUUUUAUUUAUGUAAGAUCGAUAUUGUGAUUCUAUUUUAACUCGAUAAAAUCACUCACCUGUAAAAAUUUCUAUGUCAUAUAGUAAAAUAAGUUUAAUACAAUCGAUUUAAUAUUGAUUCUUAAUUCCAACGUGUC